AGGGCUCCUGUCAACUGAUUCUAAGAAAGAAAAGUAAACACUCCCAACAUGCACUGAGGCACAGGGAGUGGCUCAGGUUUCCAACACUUGUCUGCUGAGCCAAAAAGGAGUAAUAAUUAACAGCUUCUGGGGCCGGAGGAUCCUGAGGACAGUACCAGGGGUGCUGCAGGCAGAACAUAAGGUGCUCAGAAGAAGAGCAGCCCCUGCUCCUCACUUGGCUUCCACUUCAGGACAGGAUAUCCUCCUAUGGUCCCAAGAAGAAGAAAGAGAUAAUUAUAAUGGCUCAUGGAUCUUGGAUCUUCUUCAAUGACAGGAUGUUCCUUACCAGGGAACAGCUUAAUUCUUUAUUGAAAAAUUAUAACAUUUCUUAUGGGAACCAGAAAAAUCUGCAAAUUGAAUAUGGACAGACUGAAGAUGGUAAACUAAUUGUGGAAGGAAUGCUGGACAUUUCCUGGGGAGUAAAACGGCCUAUACAGCUGAAAAUACAAGAUGAGAAGCAAAUUCCUUUUUUGAAGUCACCAGAUGUCUUUUCAAAAGGGAGAAUGGCACGCUGGGGGGAAUUUGAUGAUCUUUAUCAUAUCAGUGAGCUGGACAGGACCCGGGCUCCAGAGUCUGAAGCAGUCAACUUCCAGGAAGAUUAUUUAUCUUACCACAGCAAUACUCUGAAACUUCAAGCUGAUGAAGAGCCAGACUCCCCUUUGCUCUACAGAACCAUGAGUGAAGCAGCCUUGGUGAGAAAGAAGAUAAACCUUCCAAGGAUAGACCGGAUGAACAGGCAGCACCAUAGGGCCUCUAUUAAUGGACACUUUUAUAACCAUGCAACAUCAAUCUUCACUCCAGUCUUUGGGUCAGAAACUAAGGUCAGAAUAAAUAGUGAAAUGAAUACUGAAGAAGUAAUAAAGCAACUUCUCAAAAAAUUUAAGAUUGAAAACAAUGCCCAGGAUUUUGCACUGUACAUUAUUUUUGCAACAGGAGCAGAGAGGAAACAGCUAAAGAAGACAGACAUUCCAAUACUGCACAGGCUUAUGCAAGGACCUUCCAAAAUGAACGCUCGCAUUUUCCUCAUGGAAAAAGAUACAGAAGAAAUUAGCAGUGAUGUGGCUCAGUAUAUUAACUUUCAUUUUUCUCUCCUGGAGUCCAUCCUUCAAAGAUUAAGUGAAGAGGAGUCAAGAGAGAUUCAAAGAACAAGAUCAAAGUUUGAAACCCAGAAGGCUUUCAUACGACAUUGUAUUCAAAAUAAACAGGUAGUAAAAACAGAGACAACAGUUUAGUAGAUGUCACUACUGCUAAAACACUUUAAAAUUAGAGAGAUGUUACUAUAUGAUGAAAGAAUAAAUUCUAUACAUGCAUUCAUACAAUCUAUAUGUACUUGAAAGUUAAAUGCUGAAAAAGCUUGUCUCUCUUUGAAACAAUGAAGUUCAGGUAGGUUCUCAGUUGGAAUAGAAUGAACUGAAUUUAGUUCAGUAACUGAAAUAAGCUUGGAUACUGUGUAUCCCAAAUAGUUUUUAUAGUAAAAUGCUCAAUGAACUUGAAUUUAAAUGGUGUUUUCAGAUACCAUGCAGUUUUAAUUUCUUUUUGCUUAAACUGCCAAGGACUGAAAUAUCCUAGCCAAUUCUCAGAAAGGAAUCAGAAAUAAAAGCUGCCAGCACUUGACCCAUUGAGGAACCUGACAGUAACAAUGUUUCCCAACUCCCUGGAUACACUAGCAUUUUUCAUAAAAUCUGGGACUAUCUUAUACUAAUAAGUGAUUGUUGGCUAUUAGUAACAUCAAAACAAGCUGUUCAGUGGAAUGAAAAAAAUCAUGUAUUCUAUUAAGAAACCCAGUUGUAAUUUUUUCAAACUGAGUCUUUGUCUUUUCAAAAAUGUCCUUGAACUUUUUUGUUUAUUUAAACUAGUUUUUUUAAAUCUUUCCAAACAAAUAUACAAGAGAGAUUUAAUAUGUUUCAUCAACUAAGACAAAUUUUGGCCCACAAUAACUGUUGGUGUAUUAAUGGAUAAAAAGGAUAAAGCAAAAACUAUUGUAGUUCAACUUGGGUAGGGAAUCUGGCAUUCUACAAUAUUUCUCCAAGACAACUCAUUCUACAACUCUGAAGGUACUUACAAGUCUUCUAAGCUGAUUUAAAGAAAAAGAGACAGAAAAAAAGGAAAGAAGAGAAAAGAAAAGAAGAGGAAAAAAGAGAAGCACUGAGAAUAUCACAGUAUUAUCUAUGACUUUAUUUAUGAACUAUAUAUUUAAAUGGAGUGGUAUACAACAUUCUUCCAUACUUUUCCCACUUACACUGUAUUAAAUUACUUAUUACAUUACAUGUA